UUAGCCAAUACCGACACUGUGAGUCCGCGGACUCUUUUCCCAAGGAACUAAUCGGUCUGGUCUUUUUUCUUUUUAUUUUCUUUCAUUUUUUCUCCUCUAAAUGCCCUCAUCGCAUUUUGUAAUCGAACGGUCCAAAAUCCACGUUCCACCCAAAUCUGAAUCUCCACCGUUGGAUUAGAUCCUCUCCUGUUUCACUCCCUUCGUGCUCUAUCGUUUCGUCAUCCUCAAUUCCUCGUCUCUUUCUUCUUUCUUUCUGCUCUGUUCAGAUCUGAGAAUAAACAAACGCAGAGACAAGAAAAUUCUACUUCGCUCUCUCUCUCUCUCUCUCUCUCUCUCUCUAGCUCUUUCUCUCUCUAGAACCUGAACUUCUUGGGGAGAGAGAAAGUACGGUUGGUUUCAGUGCAAUGGUGGAGGCACAGUCAUGGACGACGCGUCGGAUGAGCAACCCGAGGCUGGACGCCACCACCGCCGCCGCCCUGAACGAUCAGCCGAUCGACAUUCCGGCGACGCCUCCGGGAGAUGUACGGAACAGCGGAAUCUACGCUGUCGGAUCGCGGAUAUCGCCGACGGUGCUGACGGCUCUGAUCAUCGCGUCGUGGUACUUCUCCAACAUCGGCGUCCUCCUACUGAACAAGUACCUCCUCAGCAUCUAUGGCUUCCGCUACCCGAUCUUCCUGACGAUGCUCCACAUGAUCGCCUGCGCCUCCUACAGCUACGUCGCCAUCACAUUCCUCGAGAUCGUCCCCCGCCAGCACAUCCUCUCGCGGCGGCAGUUCCUGAAGAUCUUCGCCCUAACUGCGAUCUUCUGCUUCUCCGUCGUCUGCGGUAACACCUCUCUCCGCUACAUUCCGGUGUCGUUCAACCAGGCCGUCGGCGCCACGGGGCCGUUCUUCACCGCGAUCUUCGCUUUCCUCAUCACCUGCAAGAAGGAGUCCGCCGAGGUGUACUUGGCUCUUUUGCCUGUCGUUUUCGGUAUCGUGCUCGCGUCGAAUAGCGAGCCUCUCUUCAAUCUGUUUGGAUUCCUGGUUUGCGUGAGCUCUACAGCCGCCAGAGCUUUGAAAUCCGUGGUCCAGGGGAUUUUACUGACCUCCGAGGCCGAGAGGCUUCACUCGAUGAAUCUAUUGCUUUACAUGGCUCCAAUGGCGGCGAUGAUUCUCCUCCCAUUCACGCUCUACAUCGAAGGCAAUGUCGCGAGCGGUGCGAUCGAGAAGGCUAGGAGUGAUCCGUUCAUGGUGUUUUUGUUGAUUGGGAACGCGACGGUCGCGUAUUUGGUGAACUUGACGAACUUCCUGGUGACCAAACACACCAGCGCGCUGACGCUGCAGGUCCUCGGAAACGCCAAGGCAGCGGUGGCGGCAUGCGUUUCGGUGUUGAUCUUUAGGAAUCCUGUGACGGCGAUGGGAAUAGUCGGAUUCGGCAUCACCACAUUGGGGGUAGUGCUUUACAGCGAGGCUAAGAAGAGGUCUAAAGCGGUACAAAAGUGAAACAAAAGUUUUCAAAAGGAUUCGUUUUGAUUUGCCAUCGAGAUUGGUAUGGCUUCUACUUCCCUUUCUUUUAUUCUUUCAUUUCUCGCUUUUUUUUUUUUUUUUUUUUUUUUUUUUUUUUU